AUGGCCACGCUGCUGCUGGGAGAGAGGAAGCACGUGUCAGUCCUGCCUUUGCCCCCUGCGGGUUUCAAACUGUGCAAGUACGUGGCGGUGGAGCUGAAAUCUGCUUUUGAGGAGACCGGCAAGACCAAGGAGGUGAUUGACACCAAGUACGGCUUCCUGGAUGGGAAGGGCUCUGCUGUCAAGUACACACAGUCGGACAUACGGUUAAUUGAGGUGACGGAGAACAUCUGCAAGCGGCUGUUGGAUUACAACCUGCACAAGGAGAGGAGCGGCAGUAACAGAUUCGCAAAGGGCAUGUCGGAGACAUUCGAGACCCUGCACAACCUCGUGCAUAAGGGCGUCAAGGUGGUGAUGGACAUCCCCUACGAGCUGUGGAACGAGACCUCCGCUGAGGUGGCUGACCUCAAAAAGCAGUGCGACGUGCUGGUGGAGGAGUACGAAGAUGUGAUCGAGGACUGGUACAGGCACCACCAAACAGAGGAUCUCUCCCAGUUUCUCUGCGCCAACCACGUGCUAAAAGGGAAGGACACAAGCUGCCUGGCAGAGAAGUGGACCGGCAAGAAGGGUGACUUGGCAAGUGUGGGGGAGAAGCAGAGUAAGAAAAAGAGUGGGAAGAAGAAGAAGAAGGUCCAGAAGGAUGAGAGCGAGGGAGCUGAGGGCCUCCCAGCGGCAGGGGAGGCCCUGGAGGAGAGCGGGGUGCAGGAGGAGGCUCCCCUCACCCACAGCCCAGCCGAUGAGCUCCCCCCGGGCCCCCUUAGCUGCCCCCGGCCCCGCUGA